ACUUUUGCGGACAAGUAUCUUGCUGGGAUGAAUGAACAGCAGCUUGAUGCCUACGACAACCUCAUUAAUAAACCGGACAACGACUGGGACAUCUAUUAUUGGGCAACGGGCAAACAAGAAGCGCCUGCGGAAUUCCAAACUGAUAUACUUAAGUUGCUCCAAGAGCACACCCGCAACCCUAAUCGUGAGCUCCGAAACCAACUGCCCAACCUGCACUCUUCUGAUAAGUAG